UUGCCCCUGGAUGGAAGUUUUGCCCACCAUGCUGCGCUCCUGGCUCCUGCUCUCCGGGUUCAUGCUUCUCGGAGUUUCAGAAAGCCGGAUCCCAGAGACGCUCCCGCGUUACUUGUCCUCGCCCACUUACCUGCCUGUCAAUUACCAGCUCCUCAACUCCGAGUCGUCGUUCUUGCUGAAGGAGGCGACACAGGACUUCAUGCGCAACUCGAGCUUCCUCUCAAGAACUGAACCCUUCUUCAUCCACCAGGCCAGGAAACCUCCUAUCCUCAGAGCCAGCUACGGCUCGCUCUCUGUGGAGCAGCCCGUUCCUCCGGAGCUCCUCCAGACUCCAGGUUCAUUCAUCACCUCCUCCACCCUCUUCACCUUCAACUGGAAGAUUCAGACCUUCAUCCUGAGAGAUAAGAUCCACCUGGACAAGCCUAGGAUCCAGGUACUGUUCUACAUCUCUGGGAGGGACUGGGACGACUACAGUGUGGUGGACAAACUGCCCUGCGUUCGUAUGUUUGCAUUCCACGAAACGCAGGAGGUACGUGGGAGCUGCCGGCUGCAGGGGGAACUGGGAGUGUGCGUGGCUGAGCUGGAGCCUCCCGCAUCGUGGUUUGCUCCGCCCACCGUCAUUCCUGGACGGCAAAAAGUCUCAGAUCUUCCCGAGGGAAACCAAGUGGCACUUUAUUACUCUCUACGGUCAGCACAGAAUGGCCAGUGUCUCGGAAAGGAUCCAGGGUUCAGGAAUCCAGGAAGCCAGGAAGACUCGUUCGGAUCUAGCACAUCGACUCCAAUGAAGAGGAUCGGAAACGUCAGGUUAUUUAGGACUCCCACCGUUCCAGAAUUAUCUGAACAGAGAGUGGACGGGAAUUUUGCGGUGCUCGUGCCAUUGGCACCUGUCCGGCCAAGGGAAAGCGUAUCGACUUACGUCGCCACUUCUCCGUACUCGCCCGUGGAAAUGUUCACUCUGAGGGUGAAGCUCAAAGAUGGUGUAACAUUCUUGGGGGCAAGACCCUGCAACCCCAUGCUGUGGAUGAUCAGCCAGGACACCAGGGUCGAAGGUCACCGGGUCGUCACCCUGCACUGUCGGAAGAAAGAGUCCAGCUACGCUCAGAGGGUGGAGCCCGGGUGGCAGAGGGUGGUGCAGGUGGAUCUGGAGAUGGAUGUGAUCAUGGACUCAGUGGGCAGUGGGCUGAUCUCGUGGAUGGUGGAGUAUCCGGGCAUCAGAGUGACGUCCGACGAAACCGAGACAAAAAUCCACAUCGUCCAGAGAGAGCUGGCCGGCAUCGUCCCUCUCGCCAUGGAGACGGAGAUCCUGAACACGGCCGUGUUGAACGGCAGGACGGUGGCCGUGCCGGUGAAGGUGGUGACGGUGGCAGUGGAUGGAAUGAUUACUGAUGUCUCGAACACGGUGCAGUGUCGAUCUACAGACGAGGACGUGGUCAAGGUCUCAGACAGGUGUGACUACAUUUAUGUAAAUGGUAAGGAGAUGAAGGGCCAAGUGCAGAUGCUGGUGAACUUCACCUACAGCUUUGCCACGGCUCAGCUGGAGAUGAACGUGUGGAUCCCCCGCCUACCGCUCCACAUCGAGGUCUCGGACACAGAGCUGAGCCCCAUAAAAGGCUGGAGGAUCCCUACAAUACCCAACACGCCAAGGUCGAUGCGGGACAGUGACGAUGAGGAUGAUGAAGAGCGGAGGGGAAGAACCUGCACCCUGCAGUAUCAGAGAGCCAUCAUACGGAUUCUCACUCACUUCGUCGCCGAAUCAGCCGAGGUCCGAAGUCAGCUGACCUACAUGCUGGGCUCUGAUUGGCAGAUGGACAUCACAGGGCUGGUGUGGGACUUCCUGAAAGUGGAGGAUCCUCGAAUCGCACGCUUACAAGAUGGCCGCCUGCUGGAGGGAGUGGGCACGGGCAUGACCAGCAUCCAGGUCCUCUCUCCUCUCUCGGACUCGAUCCUGGCAGAGAAGUCGGUGUCUGUAGUAGACGAGCGAGUCAGCAUCACUGAACUGGGCCUGCAGUUGGUCAGCGGCCUCACGCUCCGCCUACAACUCAGCGCAGGAAGUAACCAAGCCAUCAGUGCCACGGCAACCACACAGGAAGUGCUCAACAUGCCCAAACAGGAGGCGCUGAUCAGUGCUUGGCUGCAGUUCAGCGACGGCUCCAUGGCCCCUCUGGACCUUUACAACCCGGAUCACUUUGUGCUGACGGUGAUCUCGCUGGAUGAGGAGGUGGUGAGUGUGAAUCAGGACGCGACCGGGCGCUGGCCCAUAGUCUCGGCUCAGGCUGAGGGUCAGGGCCCACUGCUGCGCGUCGAGAUGAGCGUCCAUGAGUCGUGUCAGAAACUGAAACCUCGUCGCAGCGUGCUUGCUGCCGGAAACUGCCACGUCCGGGUCAAAUAUGGCCGCACGGAGAGCGUCUCACAACCUGAAUAUGGAGACGACACCGAGAACCACCGGCAGAACCUGAAUUUACCGGAUCGAACCGGAAUGGAGGGCCAUUACUUCUACAGCUCCAUUUCCAACAUGGACGAUGAUGGCGCAAUCAGGAGAAUCACCACCACACCCAAAACAGAAAUCAUCCGAAGAACUGGGGGAGAGAAAUUCUCAAAUGAUGGCAGCCAAAUUUCCAACAACAUUCCUAUCGACUUCUCAGAUUUUCCAGCCCAAGUGGACCUUCCUCGAGGACACAGUGUCUAUGAUGAUGACUUGAUUCAGACAAAUCGAGGACUCUCGGACCUGGAAAUAGGGAUGUACGCCUUGUUAGGAGUCUUCUGUCUGGCUAUCUUGGUCUUUCUUAUAAACUGCAUUUCCUAUGCACUGAAAUAUCGCCAUAAGGAGAUGAGCAUCGAGGGUCAGGAGAGUCUGAACCACGCACAUGACUGGGUGUGGCUGGGAAAUGAGGCGGAGCUUCUGGAGAGUCAUGUGAGCCUGUCGCCGCAAACAGACGAGCAAAUCACAAUUAUGGACUCCAGCAUCGGUGGGCUGGAGGAAGGAAGCCUUCUGCUCAACGGCGGUUCCUUACAGAAGAAUGGUCACGAGCGGCAGGAGCAUCGAGGAGCCGAGAACAACGGCGGGAAAGACAAAGGGGAUUCGCCCACGACCAAGAGGAAGAGAGUAAAAUUCACUACCUUCACCACCAUCCCAGCCAGUGAGACACUCGGGGAGGAGCCAAACGAGGAAAUAAAGUGGGUGUGUCAGGAUGUGGACAUGGGAGAGUCCAAAGAGCUGCAGAACUACAUGGAGCGGCUAAACGACAGUGUUUUAAAAGACGUGGCGUAG